AUGGCUUCGGAGUCUUCCACUCGCGUUUCACAUUCCCUAUCCGAAACGAGGUCCAUACAAGAAAACGAAAAGAAUGUCGUGGUAGACAUCCAAAACUCGAAAACCCCUCAGGGGAACACGCACGACCCACAACUGACCGAUGAUGACAUCUGGAAUCUUGACUCUGCGAACCCUCGAAACUGGUCAUUCAGAAAGAAGUGGACAGCGGCGGGGAUUGUGUCUCUGUACACCUUUGUUUCUCCAUUAGCUAGCUCUAUGAUGGCACCGGGACUACUACAAGUCGCGGAGCAAUACCAUGUCACAAAUCCAACAACACUUGCAAUGACACUUAGUAUCUUCUUGUUGGCGUAUGCGCUUGGUCCUUUGGUUCUAGCACCACUUUCUGAAAUGUAUGGAAGAACAUGGGUCCUGCACAUCGCAAACAUCCUAUUUUUAGGCUUCAAUAUUGGAUGCGCGUUCUCACCGAACGCUGGCUCUUUGAUUGCAUUUCGCUUCCUCGCUGGGCUUGCUGGUAGCACACCUAUAGCCUGUGGUGGAGGAAGUAUCAGCGACCUAUUUGCAGAACGAGACCGCGCUGGGGCCAUGGCGGUGUUUACACUGGGACCCCUGUUAGGACCUGUAAUCGGGCCGAUAGCAGGAGGCUUUGUCGCACAAUCCAUAGGCCCUAAAUACGUGUUUAUCAUCAUAGCUGGCUUGUGUGCUUUCAUAGCUGCAGUUGGAAUCCCUUUCCUCCAUGAAACAUAUGCACCUGUUCUACGACAACGACUUGCACGACCCAAUGACCUAGAAAAAUUGAUCGACGUGAAGGCACCUACCGCUCGCGAGAAAAUGCACUACCUGUGGCUCAACAUCAGUCGACCGGGCAUCUACUAUCUCAUGUUUGCGACAUUUGCAAACUUCUUCAAGGAGGCCUACAAUUUCAGUCCAGGUAUCGGUGGUUUGUGUUACCUAGGCCUAGGUAUAGGGUUCUUCAUCGCAACUAUGUUCGGUGCCAGGAUAGGCGACCAGAUAUACGCUAGCCUGUCUGCAAAAAAUGGAGGUGUUGGUAAACCCGAGAUGCGCGUACCAGCACUUAUAUUUGGCUCGUUCUUCGUCCCCAUCGGACUCUUUUGGUACGGAUGGAGUGCCCAGGCCAGGUUAUAUUGGAUCAUGCCGAUUAUUGGCUCAGGAAUCUUUGGUUUCGGUAAGACUAUCGAAACCCUUCCAAUCCAACUUUACUUGGUCGAUGCUUUCAGUUAUGCUGCGAGUGCCUUAGCCGCCGCUUCGGUUCUUCGAUCUCUGUUAGGAUUCAUCUUCCCAUUGUUUGGGCAACAAAUGUACAAUGCUCUGGGGUUAGGUGGCGGUAAUUCGCUGCUGGCUGGGCUAUCCAUCAUUCUUGGUAUACCAUUUCCAAUCUGGAUCUGGUACAAUGGAGAACGGAUACGUCUACGCAGCAAACUGAGCAAAGCCAACUAA